AUGUCAGACUACGAUAAUUACGCUACGCCAUUGUCUUCCAGAUAUGCCUCUAAAGAAAUGUCAGCCACUUUCUCUUUAAGAAAUAGAUUUUCUACAUGGAGAAAACUAUGGUUAAAUUUGGCUAUUGCUGAAAAGGAAUUGGGCUUAACUGUCGUCACUGAUGAAGCCAUUGAACAAAUGCGCCAACAUGUUGAAAUCACCGAUGAUGAAAUUGAAAAGGCCUCCGCUCAAGAGGCUAUUGUAAGACAUGACGUCAUGGCUCAUGUCCAUACAUUUGGUGAAACUUGUCCCGCUGCUGCUGGUAUCAUUCACUUAGGUGCUACUUCCUGCUUUGUCACAGACAAUGCUGAUUUGAUUUUUAUUAGAGACGCUUACGACAUUAUUAUUCCUAAACUUGUUAAUGUUAUCAACAGAUUGGCUAAGUUCGCUAUGGAAUACAAGGAUUUGCCUGUAUUAGGCUGGACCCAUUUCCAACCGGCACAAUUAACCACUUUAGGUAAGAGAGCAACCCUAUGGAUACAAGAAUUAUUGUGGGAUUUGAGAAACUUUGAAAGAGCUAGAAAUGACAUCGGGUUACGUGGUGUCAAGGGUACUACCGGUACUCAAGCAUCAUUCUUAGCGUUGUUUCACGGUAAUCAUGACAAAGUUGAGGCCCUUGAUGCAAGAGUCACCGAAUUAUUAGGUUUUGAUAAGGUGUAUCCAGUCACUGGUCAAACUUACUCGAGAAAAAUUGAUAUUGAUGUCUUGGCUCCUUUAUCUUCUUUUGCUGCUACUGCACAUAAAAUGGCCACUGAUAUAAGAUUAUUGGCUAACUUGAAAGAGGUUGAGGAACCUUUUGAAAAAUCACAAAUCGGUUCCUCUGCUAUGGCCUAUAAGAGAAACCCGAUGCGUUGUGAAAGAGUCUGUUCUUUAGCUAGACACCUGGGUUCUUUAUUCAGCGAUGCAGUUCAAACUGCAUCUGUUCAAUGGUUUGAAAGAACUUUAGACGAUUCUGCCAUCAGAAGAAUUUCUUUACCGAGUGCAUUUUUAACCGCUGACAUUCUAUUAUCCACCCUAUUGAACAUUUCAUCUGGUUUAGUUGUAUAUCCAAAGGUUAUUGAAAGAAGAAUUAAGGGUGAGCUACCUUUCAUGGCCACUGAAAAUAUUAUCAUGGCCAUGGUUGAAAAGAAUGCUUCUAGACAAGAAGUACAUGAACGUAUUAGAGUACUUUCUCACCAGGCAGCUGCCGUUGUAAAGGAAGAGGGUGGUGAAAAUGAUUUGAUUGAACGUGUGAAGAAAGACGAAUUUUUCAAGCCGAUCUGGGAAGAAUUGGAUUCUUUACUAGAACCAUCCACUUUUGUCGGAAGAGCACCACAACAAGUUGAAAAAUUUGUCCAAAAAGACGUUAGCAAUGCUUUACAACCUUUUCAAAAGUAUCUAAACGAUGAACAGGUUAAGUUGAACGUUUGA